AUGAAGCUUCGAUCGUUAACAUACCGCUCAUUGCGGCGGCCUUUCGAAUUGAACAGCUCCAGUACGAUUUGUAGAAGAUUCAGUGUACAGUGCCGACAGGUUUCCAUAUCUACUAGGUCUUCAAAUACCUCUAGAGGUAUCCGCCAAUUGGGCUCGACUGCCAAUGCGACUCGAAAACAUCGUUCAGCAUUUCCUGCCCCAUUCAUUGCAGGACAACGGAGGACGCUGGCAACCGUUCGGAAUGCUAAUCCAGACGAUCGUGGUCCAUUACAAGAAUAUGACGCACGGGUAGAACAAGGGCGGUUAAGAGACGACGAGCACCAAAGAGGCAUCAUACAGAGUCUACAACAUCUUCACGACGAACUGAAAACCUACCAUGCCCCUCCAACGAUCCACCCCACCAUAGAAUCACUCAAACCGGAACCGAAAUCCGUGUUUGGACGGCUCUUCUCAAGCCCCAAAAAAGAGAAAAAGUUAAAAGACAUUCCAGAGAAUCUGCCGCGAGGCUUGUAUCUAUACGGAGACGUUGGUAGUGGGAAGACUAUGUUGAUGGAUAUGUUUUACGAAACGCUUCCCAGCAGCGUCACUUCGAAAACGAGAAUCCACUUUCACAAUUUCAUGCAGGAUGUACACAAGCGGUUACACAAGAUGAAAAUGGAACACGGAAACGACAUUGACGGUGUACCAUUCGUAGCAGCAGACAUUGCAGAAAAGGGCAAUGUUCUCUGCUUCGAUGAAUUCCAGUGCACAGACGUGGCAGAUGCCAUGAUUUUGAGACGCCUCCUUGAAGCACUAAUGUCCCAUGGUGUUGUUCUUGUCACUACCUCGAAUCGACAUCCAGACGACCUGUAUAAGAACGGUAUUCAACGAGAAUCGUUCGUACCCUGCAUUAACCUCCUCAAGAACCGAUUACAUGUCAUAAAUCUCGAUUCUCCGACCGAUUAUCGAAAGAUACCUCGACCUCCUUCUGGCGUAUACCACGCUCCUCUAGACAAGCAUGCCUCGUCGCAUGCUGAGAAGUGGUUCCGGUUCUUAGGUGACCCAGAACAAGACAAACCACGAGCGGAAACACAGCGGGUAUGGGGGCGUGAGAUCCAUGUGCCCAAAGUCAGUGGCAGAGCAGCAAUGUUCACAUUCGACGAACUGAUCGGGCGGCCGACAAGUGCUGCUGACUAUAUCGAGCUGAUGCGGAGUUACGACGCCUUCAUUGUUACGAAUGUGCCGGGAAUGACACAUCGGGAACGGGACCUGGCACGAAGAUUCAUCACCUUCAUAGACGCUGUCUAUGAAUCGAGAGCGAAACUAGUCCUCACUACUGCUGUGCCUCUUACGCAACUCUUUCUGUCGAAAGACGAAUUGAAGGAGAGUGUGAAGAAGGAUCAAGCGGAUAAGAAGGGGCAGUCUGAAGGGGAUGAUUUAGAUGACACGAUGCGAAAUCUAAUGGACGAUUUGGGGAUGAAUAUGAAAGCACUGAAGAAUAGCUCUAUAUUUAGUGGUGACGAGGAGAGAUUUGCGUUCGCUAGAGCGCUGAGUAGACUCAGUGAGAUGGGAAGCAGAGAAUGGGUGGAACGAGGAAUGGGCCUAGAAAAGGACGGAGGAAAGCAGGAGAGAGAUAGCUGGCAAAAGGUCAGGAGUAGGCAGAUGGAAGAUAGCAUGUAA